AUGUCCCUAGUUCCAUUCACUUUCCUUCCAUUAGUAUUAGUUUUAGCGUUUUCCAACUUCUGUACCUUAACUGCUAAUCGCUGCAAAAUCUCUAACAGAAACCUUACUGAAUCCUCCUGCCCAUUGAACUUCGAUGUUCUUCGCAAACUCGCCAUUGAUGUCCCUAUAAGGCUUGCUCUUGUCCAUGUGCCUAGUCAAUGUCAGCAUAUACAGAAAGGAAUUCUUUUCGUUCGAUCAGAGUACCUUCGAACCAGUGGGCACUUUGUUCCUCCUCCUGAAACUUUUCAGGCAUGUUGGGAAUCAUAUCGGUGCUUAGUUGCCGACUUCUUACAUGGUUUCGAUAUCCAGUCCACUUGUGGGUAUCAUCCAGAAUGGAUAUCGGACACUUAUAUCAACAUUACAACUCGGCCACAAUUUGAGAGCCUAAUUCCCAGGUCCGAAUUGCAGGAACUGAGGCUUUCUUGUAACCAAUCUUUGGAAAAUGGUUUCGUUUGUCAAUCUUGUAUCCACAAGGUGUCGAGCAUUCAGAAACUGUUCCUCCAGGGUCCUGAAACAGAGAAUACCUCGGAUUCUUCUGAUUACUUGUUUAUGUACGCGGCUGCUUUUAGCAAUAAACUUGGUCUGAGGGAUCCAGCAACUGCGAAAUGCUUGUUCAGGCUUGAAUUUUCUAUGAGGUUGAACUUCUUCAAUAAGAAGCACAAGUCUGUAAUUUCUGGUGGUGUUUUAGGUUGCAUUAUUGGGGUCUUGGGGGCCCCAAUUACAGUGUGGUUGUUCUGGACGCUGCACAAGAAAUGCGGGAAAGAAAGGAACAAUUCUGUUAAUAAAGAUGAGGCUGGUUUGGACCUUGGAUUAGGACUGCAUGCAAGAAGUACCAGUUUAACCAAAUUCAAAAUCGAUGAAAUUAGGAUUGCUACGAUGAAUUUCUCAAGACAUAAUAUUAUUGGGAAGGGAAAUUAUGGAAAUGUUUACAAGGGGUUAUUACCUGAUGGAUCUGAAGUUGCGUUCAAGAGAUUCAAGAACUGUUCAGCUUCUGGUGAUGCAAUAUUUGCACAGGAAGUGGAAAUCAUUUGUAGUGUUAAGCAUGUCAAUCUUGUAGCUUUAAGAGGCUACUGUAAUGCAACAGUUCCUAUGGAAGGUCACCAACGAAUUAUUGUCUAUGAUCUGAUGCACAAUGGAAGCCUCUAUGACCAUCUAUUCGGGUCAGGAAUGAAGAAGCUAAGCUGGCCAAUUCGUCAGAAGAUCGCCCUGGGAACAGCUCGUGGAUUGGCUUAUCUACACUAUGGGGUACAUCCUGCAAUCAUCCACAGGGAUAUAAAAGCUAGUAAUAUACUUCUGGAUGAGACAUUUGAGCCAAAGGUGGCAGAUUUUGGCUUGGCAAGGUUCAAUUCACAGGGAAUGUCACAUUUGAGCACCAGGGCAGCUGGGUCUCUUGGCUAUAUUGCUCCAGAAUAUGCCUUAUAUGGCAAGUUAACCGAAAGAAGCGAUGUUUACAGCUUCGGGGUUGUGCUUCUUGAGCUGCUGAGUGGAAGGAAAGCCUACCAAAAUGAUGAAGGAAAAGUUUCCCUCUUGACAGAUUGGGCAUGGAAGCGGGUGAAGGAAGGCAAAUCAUUGGAUGUUAUCGAAGAAAAAAUGCCUGAAAUGGAGUCCCCAGAAGUGAUGGAGCUACAUGUUCAUAUAGCAGUGAUUUGUGCUCAUCCAAUAUUAUUUGCCAGGCCAACAAUGUAUCAGAUUGUGAAGAUGUUGGAAACCAAACUGCAGCUGGUUCCAUCAACUCUUGGAGCUUAUAUUGGUGGUUCUAACAGUGUGAUUAACCCUGUCAGCUCAGGUUAUAUGUCCUGUUCUUCCAUCACAAGUGAUGAUCGAAAUUUGGAUAACAGGGAUACACGAGAAAGCUUCACAGUGACAAUUGUCCAGUGA